AGAAUAAUGAUUAAAUUAUAUAGAAAAAGGAAAAAGAAAAUGAGGGGUAUCUUAUGUGGUGAAGCUUUAUGAAAGCCCCAUCUGUCUUUUAUUUAUUUAUUAUCAUUUUCAGCAAGAGAGAGAAUUGCAGGAGAUGGUGGUUUGAGUCUGACAAGAGCUAGCAACUCCAAACGAAAGCCUAAAGAGAUUUUGUUAUGUAAAUAGCUCCGAUGACGAUAGUAGACUGUUAGAUCCACUGACAUGUACUUCUCAGAUGAAAAUCCAUCAGUCCAUCCACUCGUGUCUGUUUCAACUUUCAACCAUAAUUGGAUGAUUCUUGUUACUUUUUUCUCCAGGAUCUUGCUUGUUCAACAAUUUGCAAAGGACCACUGAUCAACCGAUAUAUAUUGCUACCGGCUGGAUCUUGCAUAUUAAUUAGGUCUUGAUGUUAUAUAUGUCCGUACAAAGGAGAGCUUGAAGUACUUACUCCAUGGCAACGUUCUUUCACCAUGGAAGCUCUGAAAUCCAAGCCCCAACUGAUCAUGCUCUCCAGACACUUUAUCUAAUGAACCCCAAUUACGUGCCAUCCUUCUCUGACAGUGGCCAGCAAAACCCUACACCUCCUAGCAUGCUUCUUUUCAAUCACACUCCGCCUCCAACAACCCACCACUUAGUCGGCAUCCCGCUUCACUCGGCCGCCGUUGGAUCAAACAAUUCAGACGAUCACAGCCCUCCAUCCUUGCAGCACCAAACUGAUCCAUCUCGGGUUCACUACAACUUGUGGGGCCCAAUGGGUGGCCAAACCCCCAUCGGAGUCUCCGCGGUGUCCCCCACAAGUGCAACUACUCAACAAGGUUUGUCUCUCAGCCUCUCAACUCAUCAGCAGCCAGGUUAUAAUAGUAACUACAGGCCAUCAUCAUUUCCUGCCGAGCGUGAUGUCCCGGCCAAGGGGACUUCUCUGUCGUCGGUGUCGGCCAUAUCACAUGGAUUUUCAGGUGUGCUUUUGGGGUCCAAGUACUUGAAGGCUGCACAAGAGCUACUGGAUGAGGUUGUUCAUGUUGGAAAGGGAAGCAACGCCGCCGAAUUGGACGGUGGGAUUAAAGAUAAGAUGAAACUGAGUCGAGAAACAACGGCUGGGAUUGGAGCUAGUUCGAGUGGUGGUGCUAAGCAAGGAGCUGAGCUUAACACAGCACAGAGGCAGGAGCUCCAGAUGAAGAAAGCAAAACUUGUCAGCAUGCUUGAUGAGGUGGAGCAACGAUACAGACAGUACCACCAACAAAUGCAGUUUGUGAUCACUUCAUUCGAACAAGCCGCAGGUUUUGGUUCAGCAAAAUCGUACACUCAUCUUGCCCUGCAGACAAUCUCCAAGCAAUUCCGGUGCCUCAAAGACGCAAUAUCAGCUCAAAUCAAAGCCGGCAGCAAGACCUUGGGUGAGGAAGAAUGCUUGGGUGCCAAGAUCGAGGGUUCAAGACUCAAGUACAUAGACAAUCAUGUAAGGCAACAGCGGGCAUUGCAACAGUUGGGAAUGGUCCAACAUAAUCCCUGGAGACCCCAGCGAGGAUUGCCUGAACGAGCUGUUUCCGUUCUUCGAGCCUGGCUCUUCGAGCACUUCCUUCACCCCUAUCCCAAGGACUCAGACAAAGUAAUGCUGGCAAAACAGACUGGGCUUACAAGGAGUCAGGUCUCUAACUGGUUCAUUAAUGCCCGAGUUCGUCUUUGGAAGCCAAUGGUUGAAGAGAUGUACGUGGAGGAGACAAAGGAACAAGAGAAAAAUGGUUCCAGGAACAAUGCAAAUUACAAGGAGUCAGGUUCAACAACUCCACGAGAGAGUGCUUCCACUAGAAUUGAUGAUCAAAUAUUCCGGUCGACGCAUGAAAACUUUAGCAACCAGCAUCCUUCUCCAAACGAGAAGUCGAAUAAUUCUUCAUUGUCAGCGUCUCCCAUGGCAGGGUCUCUUCAAUCACAAUCAGGAUUUAACCUUGUGGGAAUGUCCAACAUGCAAGGAAGUACCAAGAAACGAAAGAGUUCUGAAAUAGAAAAUUCUCCAAGUAGCAUUCUUUCCAUGGACGCCGACAUGAAAGCUAACGAAACAAAUAGAGAAAUCACUACAGAUCAUGCCAAUGGUUUUGGCACAUACCCCAUUCCGGAGAUAGGAAGGUUUGAUAUGAAUCCGGAGCAUUUGGCACAAAGAUUUCAUGGAAAUGGUGUAUCCCUCACUCUAGGCCUUCCUCACCGUGAAAACAUCUCUCUCUCAGGAACACAACAAAGCUUUCUCUCCAACCAUGGCCAGAUUAAUAUUCAUGAUCAGCUGGGAAGGAGAUUUAACACAGGAGGAGAAGCUGAUUUUGGUGCAAUCAACCAUCCACAACCUUCACAUUCCGGCAUCGGUUAUGAGGACAUGGACAUGCGAAGCAGAAAAAGGUUCGCUGCUCAAUUGUUGCCAGAUUUUGUGGCCUGAGGGGAAUAUUGUGCACGCAUUUUGUUGCCAAUGUUUCUCCAAUAUCACAUUGCCACUGUAUAGAAGGAAAUGAUAAGAAAUUAGUAUAGAAUAUAACUGAUCGUGAAAAACGACCUAGCUAUAGAUAGAAGUUAUUACUUUGCUUGGAUAUAUUAAAAUAGGUUUGGGGAUUGUAAAAGUUGAUACCGUUAGAUUCUAGGCAAGCUGAGACUUAAAAGAUUCCGUACAUAUGCAAAUUUAAAUUUUUGUUUGUGCAAUAAUUGUAAGUUUUCAAUUACUGUAGAAGGUGGUAUAAUAUAUGAAGCAGUACAAUAAUAUGGUC